AUGGAUGCUAUUCAAUUAAUUGAUGAAGAAAAGCAUUUCUCACAGGAUGCUCUAUCAUUUUUCUCCCAAUGUACAGGUCAAGAUGAUCAAGAUAUUGGCCUGAACUACCAUGUCAUAUCAGUCUUUGGAUCACAGUCAAGUGGGAAAUCCACUUUACUAAAUAUCCUGUUUAACACUACUUUUGAUACGAUGGAUGCACAAGUGAAGAGACAACAAACUACUAAGGGGAUUUGGCUGGCUCACACUAAGGAGGUCAAUACGACACAAUCUCCAAAAGCAACAACUUCUGACAUUUUUGUCCUUGAUGUGGAAGGGUCUGAUGGGUCAGAAAGAGGUGAAGACCAAGAUUUUGAGAGAAAGGCUGCCCUAUUUGCUAUCGCUGUGUCAGAAGUCUUGAUUGUAAAUAUGUGGGAACAACAAAUUGGACUCUACCAAGGUAAUAACAUGGGGCUAUUAAAGACUGUCUUUGAAGUUAACUUAUCUUUAUUUGGAACAAAGAAAAAUGAUCAUAAAGUGCUGUUGUUGUUUGUCAUUAGAGACCAUGUCGGUGUUACACCAAUGAGCAGUUUAAGCGAAUCUUUAACAAACGAAUUAGAGAAAGUUUGGUCUGAUUUGAAUAAGCCGGAGGGCACUGAAGAAACUUCAUUAUAUGAUUUUUUCGAUUUGAAAUUUGUUGGAUUAGGCCACAAGUUAUUGCAAAAUGAGAAAUUUAUUGAAGACGUAAAGAAGAUGGGUGAUUCAUUUAUUAAUAAAGAUGAUACUGCAAACUGUUAUUUUAAACCAAAUUAUCAUCAUAUGUUACCAUUGGAAGGUUGGAGUAUGUAUGCUGAAAAUUGUUGGGAGCAAAUUGAACAUAAUAAGGAUUUAGAUCUACCCACCCAACAAAUAUUAGUUGCCAGAUUCAAGACAGAGGAAAUACUAAAUGAAGCAUUCAAUAGCUUCAUGAUUGAUUAUAAUGAUAGUAUCUCUGUUGUGAUUAAUGAUAAAACAAAACUAAUCACAUUUUUGCAAGAUUUAAAGAAAAAAUGUUUACGUGAAUAUGAUAAUCAUGCAAACCGUUACAAUAGAAUAGUUUAUGAGGAAAAGAGAAAAGAACUUUUAGAAAAGAUUACUGAACAAUAUGAAGACACAAUUGGCACCUUUUUGGAAGAUUUAUCUACUGAUUUGUUAUCUCAACUGGAGGCUGAAGUCUCAUCGAAAAAAUCAACUAAAGAUUCCUUUAAGAAAAGAUUGACUGAAAGCUCCAAUAUAGUAUUGGAACAGUUUACGCAAACGGUGAAGUUGUUCCAGAGUGCAGAGCUAUUAGGUGACAGUCAAGAAAUAUUGGAAGCUUUUAAGGAAAGAACAAAUGAUAAGAGUAAGGGAUUACGCCAAAAGGCUCUUAAAUUAUUGUUGACACGUCUAAAUAAAACAAUUUCUGCAACAAUCAAAGAUGAAACGAUUCAUUUAUUAUCAAACCCAGAAGUAGAUUUAUGGGAUCAAAUCAUUCUGAGAUUCGAAGAAACUAUUUCAGUCAAUCUUGAAAGAUUUGAAAUUGAUCAGACCACAUCUGAAGGAAAUGAUACCACCAAAAUAUUUGAUUUUCAGUUAGGUCUAAGCGAACAAGAGAACUCGGAUGCCUACAAGAAAAUUUGUCAAGCCGCAUGGAGUACCUUGCAAACAAUUGUUCAUGAUUAUUUGAAAGAAGAUACUGUAGUAAGUAUAUUAAGAGAACGUUUUGAUAACAAGUUUAGGUAUGAUGAAAAUGAUGCUCCUAGACUAUGGAAAAAUGAAGAGGAAAUUGAUAAAGCAUUUGCCAUCGCUAAAGAACAUGCAUUAGAAGUCUUUACCGUAUUAUCCUUGGCUAAGACAACUGACAAUAUAGAAGUUGUUCCAGAUAUUUCUAUGUCAGAAGAGGAGUACGAAGAUGAAGAAGGUGGAUAUCAUAUUGAUAGGUUUGCUCACUUGUUUAAUGAAUUACAAAAGGAGAAGAUUUUAAAACAAUUUAGAAGACAAAUUAAUUUGACUGUACUAGACUCUAAAAGAUCCAUAAUUACAACGACAACACAUAUUCCAAUAUGGAUAUAUUGCUUGCUUGUAAUCCUUGGCUGGAAUGAAUUCAUGAUGGUUAUCAGAAACCCAUUAUUUGUCACUUUGACAUUGAUUCUUUCAGUAGCAUUUUACUUCAUUCAUAAAUUUGAUUUGUGGGGUCCUGUAGUCAAUGUUGCCAGGACUGCAGUGGGAGAAACAAGGGAAACUAUCAAAGAGAAAUUGAGAGACUUUGUUAUUGAUGAACAUGAGAAACCAAAAAAGAGAGAUGAGAAGAUACAAAGUGAAAAAGAAAAAUACGAAUUACAAGAUUUUACAGAAGAGAAGAAAUAUUAA